GUGGCGUGGGUACGCGUCGACACGCAAACCAUACUCUCCAUCCACCACAACGUGAUAACGCAGAACCCACGAAUUAGCCUCACCUACAACGACCACCGGUCCUGGUAUCUGCACAUCCGAGAGGUGGAGGAAAGCGACCGCGGCUGGUACAUGUGCCAGGUCAACACCGAUCCCAUGAGAUCGCGCAAAGGAUACUUGCAGGUCGUGGUUCCUCCGGCAAUCGUUGAAUCGAUGACCAGCAACGAUAUGGUCGUACGGGAAGGGACGAACGUGACGCUUAACUGCAAGGCCAAAGGCUUCCCGGAGCCAUACGUGAUGUGGCGCCGAGAGGACGGGGACGAGAUGGCGAUCGGUGGAGAAAAUGUGAACGUUGUUGACGGGGAGAUACUACACAUCACAAAGGUCAGCAGACUCCAUAUGGCGGCAUACUUAUGCGUGGCCUCGAACGGUGUUCCGCCAUCGAUUAGCAAACGAGUGCAGCUAAGGGUACAAUUUCCGCCAAUGCUGUCCAUACCGAAUCAGCUGGAGGGCGCGUACGUCGGCCAGGACGUUGUGCUCGAAUGCCACACGGAGGCGUAUCCAGCAUCCAUCAAUUAUUGGACGACAGAACGGGGCGAUAUGAUAAUAUCAG